UCACCAGGAGACGCGUCUUCUGCUCAUGCUCACUAGAGUACAGACAGGAGGGAGAUAAGCCAGACUGCAGCUGCAGCUGAUAGAUAGAUGUGUUUAGUGCUGUAGUGAUGUAAUGUUGCCUGUUUGGUGACUCUACGGAUGGCUGUCUGUGCCAGGCUCUGCGGAGUGGGUCAGUCGCGGAGGUGCCGGAGGCGACAGCGGCAGAACCAGCAGGAUCCCCAGGGCAGCGACUCGGACAUGGACGAGGAGGAAGAGGAGCGGAUCGUAGGUCAGAGGCAAGGCGGAGACGGAGGCCUGGAGAGCGGCGUAGCAGCCACUGCAGCAGGGCCGAGUGACGCUGGUGAAUAUGGCAGCGGUCAUGUCAACAACAGAGGCGGCUCUCUGACUCGCAGCACAACAAGCACUGGACCUCAACACCCGCAGUCAUUAGAGGAGCUACCGCCGGAGCUGCUGGUGGAGAUAUUCUCCCUGCUGCCCGGAACAGCUCUACCUAAUGUUGCCCUCGUAGGCAAGAAAUUCAGACAAAUCCUUAACACUGAGACCAUCUGGAGAAGGCGGUGCAUGGAAGAGUUUGGUAUGAAGGAGGAUCUGAGGAAGAUGGAAGUGGGAGGAGUAUCUUGCCGGGAACUCUAUGUUAAACGUGUCAACCCACGGGUGAAGUCUGGGCGCUUUAUGAAGCUCCUCCCGGACUACGAGCACAUGGACUAUAGAGACGUGUACGCACACUUGCUUCACCCUUACAGACAUAUCUUGGGUUUGUGGCAGCCUGACAUAGGGCCUUAUGGUGGAUUGCUCAACGUUGUGGUGGACGGGCUGUUCAUCAUCGGCUGGAUGUAUUUGCCGCCUCAUGACCCCCGUGUGGAGGAUCCCAUGAGAAGACGGCCGCUCUUCCGUAUCCACAUGUGGGAGAACAAAAAGUCCACUGUGGAGUGUAUGUAUGGACACAAGGGUCCCCACAAAGGAGACAUACAGACUGGGAAGAAGGAUGAAUUUUCAACAAAGUGUAACCAGACGGAUCAUCACCGCAUGCCAGGGGGCAGACAGGAGGAGUUCAGGACAUGGUUGGAGGAAGAAUGGGGCCGGACACUGGAAGAAAUCUUCCACGAGCACAUGCAGGAGCUCAUCCUGAUGAAGUUCAUUUAUACUAGUCAAUAUGAUAACUGCUUGACAUACCGGAGGAUCUACUUGCCUCCUGGGAUGCCCUCUGACCUGCUGCACCCAGGCCUCUUCAAAGGCACCUACGGCAGUCACGGCUUGGAGAUUGUCAUGCUCAGUUUCCACGGGACGACGGCGAGAGCCACCAAGCUCACUGGAGACCCCAAUGUUCCUGCAGGACAACUCACUUUGGACGUUGACCUGAGCCGGCCUGUGGUCCUCCCAGACUUGGAGCACCAGCGCAACAUAGAGGAGCUGUCCCGGCUGGUACUCGGGGUACACGAGGAAGUCCAGAGAGAAGAAGAACAACAACAACAACAGGCCAAGGACACUUCUGCCACAGUCAGAGGUGAAGCAGAGGGAGCCUGCGGUGAUGCCAGCGCCGCAGAAGAGGUGGAGGAAGACCAUGUUAUCUGUUCAGACAGCUGCCAGACCGACCCCAGCAGCAGCACCAGUCCUCCUGAAACCCAGCCGUUUGUCCUGCCCCUGGGGGUUAUGGCUCGCAACGAGGUCUACCCUCGCACCUGCAGAAAAUGCUUCUAUGGGACGGGCCUGAUCGCUGGGCACGGCUUUACGAGUCCAGAGCGCACCCCGGGGCUCUUUGUGCUGUUCGAUGAGGACCGUUUUGGUUUCAUCUGGUUGGAGUUGAAGUCUUUCAGUUUGUACAGUCGCCUCACGGACCACCUAGCUCACGCUCACGCCCCAAAUAUGGAGCGAUUUGAGGCCAUGCUGUGCAACAUGCAGUCCUGGACGUCCUGAUGCACCACAUUUUAAGUCUCCCCCCCACAAUACAAUGCAUAAUAAUAACAACCAUUUUACACAAAUCAUCUCCCUCUGUCCUCCGCUGACUGAACAUUACUUACCACAAUAGCUCAUGACCUUAACUCCACGUUGUAUUCACAGACAUUGGGUUUUACUGUCUAAUCAAGCUUGUAAUGUCACCCUGACCUAGCGCUUAUACACUCCUGUCCCCAUGAAAGGCCUCUCAAGUCACCGUUUAUCACCUCACCUCAGUAUGACCGUAAUCCUCCAAUGCAGCAUGAAAACAGGUCACAUUAACCUUUUUUAUUUAUUUAUUUAUUCCCUGCAGGAGAAAAGGAAUGAUAUUUCAUACCACUUAUUAUGGAUCAAACUGUACGUGCCUCUGAUUCUAAAACCAUGUCUGUACUUGGUAGUGCUUGACGACGAUAAAGGUGUCCAAUGUAUUCUACUAUAUAACAUUAUUCUGAUUUCAGUGCCCAACUUAUUGAACUGCAUGCUGCGUUUUGUUUGGAUCUAAUCGCAUCUCACUCAUAACCAUUAUCUGAACAUGAUGUUAUAUUUUCAUUAAGCAGCAUGUCUUGCUUUUUAGUUGUUGGUUUGAAGACAGCUUCUCAGGUGUUUUUCUCUUUGCCACAAGUCAGUGAAAAACAGGACUAAAGUAUUUAUGUGUAUAACAAAAAUGUAUGAAGUUACAUUCAUUUUAGUAAUUUAUCCAAUAAAAAUACUGAGUAAGUUUUACAACUGGGCAAUUUUAUAACCAUUGACAAGAGAGGGUUUGCUGUCUUAUCAAAUCAAAACACUGUAGCUACAUCAGCCAGUUUUGGCCCUUUGAACUUAAGAGAUAAUGAUACGCUCUGGCUCAUGGUCCCUACAUCAAACAUACAUUUAAGGUCGCCACACCUGACAUACCAUUAUGUAAGCUGGAACGAUGUAUUGUACUGCAAUAGAAUAACGUAACCUUUAUAUAAGCUGAACAAAAAUAUCAAAAUUAUACAGUUUAUGUGCUUAUUAAAUGAUGGUCUGAAACAGAAACUUCUCUUACCUUUGAAAUGUAUUGCAUUUGUUGUUUGUUUAAAUGGCUGACGUAACGUUUGCCUGGCUUUAUACCUGCAAAGCUAUUCCCUCCAGUUUUCCAAUUCACUUCGAACUUGAGACCAGCCUAGCUGAACAUUAUACAAACAGACAGCUCAAAGUACCAAGUAAGUAUCUGUGUGUCUCAUUACGGCCUGAUGGUGUUGCCCAGUAGCUUUCUUACUCCAAGUGCACUUUUCUGGGCAGUAUAGUGAAUCAUUCAAAAUCACUGGCCAGCACUUUUAUAUCAGACUGCAGCUUUACUAACAUUUGCAAAAACAAAAAAAAAAGUGUCUGCUAAUGCAUCAUCAACUUAAUUUUAUUACAUUUUAUUAAUUUCCUCUCAAUUUUAGAAUAAUUGUUUUAUACAUUCUCCUAUCUGUAAGCCCUCUGUACCCCGCUAUUUGAAUGAUUUGCUUUCGAAAAAUGUUGCUUUGUACUAUUUUCAAUGCAAUACGCCUGAUUUUGUGGAAAACAAACUAAGUUUGACCUAUUGAACUGCUCACAUCGGACUUCAGGGAGCUUUUCAGCUUAGGCACUCUUCUCAGUAAUAAAACAAUACAAAACUGAAAAGAA